UAAAGCUCCUCUGACGCACAACCUCACAACAAAGAAACUCUCGCGAAGCUCGUAGAUAUGAGAAGUCAUCAGUAGCUGCAAUUUCCGGGUUAUCAUGAAUUACUAUUGUUUUUACAUCUUAGGUCAAUGUGGGUUUAAUAUCCAGACGAAGGUACCUGACUUCUUCGUCGUCGUUGGGGCUCGCAUUGCCGGUGGAAUGGCGUCGCGGAACCAAGCAACAGUGUCCAGGUUUUCCUUACUCAAGGUGAUAAUGGCGCUACGGAUCGUGACACUGAGUUUGCCGAAUGAUUGCUCUGUGUCGCUGCGCUACUUCUGAUAUUCAAGCUGGAGUAGGAGGUGCAGCAUUGGUGUUCCAGUUGCUCUGGAGCUGUGUAGUGCGUAGAAUGGAGCUUCAGGUACUCAAACACCGUUGAUUGUGUUCCUUGGGUUGGGAAAUUUAGUGUGUGACACACAAUUGUGGGAACUCGGUCCCCUUAUUUCCCCUAAUGAAUUGGUAUUUUUCGAAAUUUCGGAGUUGAUGGAGGUUUGGUGUGGACAUGCGACGUGCUCCUUGAUGAGUUGUUUAUGCUCUGCUUCUCGGAGUUCGGCGAUGUCGUGUACACGAUCUGGUGGCUAAUUUUGCGAGGGGUUUUUUUAUUAUUAUUUCAUAUUCUUGAGGUUUGUGUUUCUGGAGAGUUUUGUGUUUCGGGAACGGUAGCGUCAUGGAGUAUCAUUGGCCAUUCGCAAUUUGCGUUAGCUUCGUUGCGUUUUUCACAGUCGGAGCUGUUUUCCUGUUGUGGAAAUACGAAGGCGCUAAAGCAGCGGUUCCGUGUGAAGAGCAAACCGAUCCGAGCCUGAUCGGAAUCGUACCCAUCGGAUAUUUGAGCCGAGAGGAGCUGUGGAGCUCCUGCGGUGGCGCUUUGAACCCCAGGUGGUUGCAUCACUUUCGAGCUAUCUGCUUUGUAUAUCUCCUCGCUCUGCUUCUCUAUAACAUCAUCACAGACGGCUUCGGAGUGUAUUUCUUCUACACACAAUGGACAUUCACCCUGCUCAUCAUCUACUUCGCACUUUCAUUUCGACUAAGCCUUUUGCAUUUCCUCGAGGAGCGCACCAUGGUCUCCGUGAAUCGCAUCCCACCGCCCAAGUCCACUGACCAUGACAUCCUUUUACACACUCACCAAGAAACAUCAGAUGGAGUCAAAAGCUUCGAUUACGAGGCUGGACCGCCACUACCAUUUGCAAGAGGGGAGGAGAAGCUAGAAGAUGCAGGCAUUGGAGGUUACGUCACACAAUGUGUGUUCCAAGCGCUCUUACCUGCGGCAAUGUUAACCGACCUCGUGUAUUGGGUGAUCUUGGUCCGGCCCAAUUCUCACCAUAGCUUCAUCGACAUCAACAUGCACGCAGUGAACCUCGUCCUCCUACUCGUUGAAUUCUCUCUGAAUAGUCUCCGUUUCCCAUGGUUCCGCAUCAGCUAUCUUAUCCUCUGGAGCGCUGCAUAUGCUGUUUUCCAAUUUACUCUUCAUUUUACAGGACUCGGCCAUAGAUGGCCAUAUGCAUUCUUGAACGUGGACACUCCAUAUGCUCCCGCUUGGUACUUGUUCAUCAUCGUAUUCCACGGCAUCUGUUUCGCAAUUUGCCUUCUCCUUGCGCUUGGCAAGCAGAGCCUCUGGGCUCGGUUCAAGCUUCCUGUUAUAGGGAGACAAUGAAUGCAGACAGUGCCUUACAAUUUUGUGAAUCCACCACUUUGCCUCAUGUGAUGGAUCAACUAAUUUUCAAGGUUAGGUUGUGUACGAAUUUGAUAUCCCACGCGGUAUGUUUGACCAUCUCAUGCUUCUCGUGCCAAGAUCUUCCUUUCUUUUGUCCUAAUGUGAAGAGUGCUAUGGUCCUCUUUACAUGUUUACCUGCCAUAUAUUUUCCUCUAUCUUCCUGGUUGAGAAGAUUUCAGUGACUCAACGGUCAGAGAGGAAACAGACUGAGGCGGAGGGCACGCGGAAGGGCCUUGAAAGAUAGCGAUUGUGACUGGAGCUUAGCUUGUUACAGGCUUGUAACAUCCUUUUCUUCUCCGACACUAGCAAUUUUGAGCACCACUCGGGGAAAGCUUCGAAUCCUGCAAUUCCUUACCCAUAUCAUUGGAUUGUUCAGUUUUUAUUUACCGGCUCUAGUGAUUUGGGUUUCUGUAACUAUGUUUCUUAUUCUAGCAGUUUUCUUUUAAUCAGGGUUGCAGAAGUCCAUUGGCAAGGGGCUAGUGUAACCGUAAGAGAAAUGUUUUCAUCGUUCAGUCACAAUGUGCAUUGGCCAUGAUGUAGUCUUCAACCUCGUAAUUGUUGAAUAUUCCGUCACGAAUGAGUCCACUAAUGUGAUUGUCCUAAUGUAGAGGGUUGUUUGAUUAGGUGUGUUUGGAAGUUGUGCUCAGUUUCAUUGCAGCAGAAUGAGCGUGGUAAGUAUUUAAUUGCAACGCUGCCGAACUUGGCUACGUCCAGCCGCACCAGGUCCUUUCCAAGUUGCACACUCUCUUAUUACGGAUAAGUUUUUGGCUUUUUGCUGUUGGUUCUACUGUCUGACAACUCCAAGUCUGCAUCAUAUUUCAAUGCCUCUCACCUACUGUUUUGUGAACCAUUAGGCACUCAUAGGGAAUGCCAAUUCUAAGAUUUCAAUGCUUAAGAUUAUGUACAGAAACAAGGUGGUUGGUGGGUGACAGCAUUAAUUUUUGCAUAAUAUAGACACAAACGAAACACAACAAUGUACGCCCUCUAAUGGAAUUGGGUAGUUCUGGUAAUUGUGGUAGCUGGAAAUUUUUCAUGUAGCAACGUCUUUAGGUCUGGAAAGCUCCAUCUUGUGCCACUUUUAAGCAUUGGCUAAGUUGCUAGUAUGCUUGGGACUGCGUGCAUCUUUUCACUCAGCAAAUUUGAGAUUCGUUCCAAAAAAUUGAUCCAUAGACAGUUCAUGUUUUGAAGCACACCUUGAUCACAAUUCAAAUGGGCAGUUGGUUUCCGA